GUGAGGUAAAGACAGCGGAAAGCUGCUCCUUCGCCCAGUAGGGAAUGGAGAGUCUUUCUCAAAUUGUGACAUGAGUCACUUGCAACUGCCAGGUUUGAGCUCCUGAUCUCGAGGGGAAAAAAAGGGAAAACCCCUCCCUCCUUGACAUACUCUCCCUAUCCCAACGAGCACAUCAUUAUCAACAAGAUGACUACCAGGCGGACUCGUAUCGUUUGUAUAUCUGAUACUCACAAUCAAACUCCGAAGCUUCCCGCUGGAGACAUACUUGUUCACGCGGGCGACCUCAGCAACCAAGGCACAUAUUCAGAGCUUCAGAAGACUGUUGACUGGAUUAGGAAAUCGCAGUUUCAGAUCAAACUCGUCGUCUGCGGGAAUCACGAUGUCACCUGCGAUGUCCCAUUCUAUCAAAAGUACGGUGGCUACUUCCACAAUAAGAGACCGGAAGAUCCUCAGCGUUGCCUCGACUUGCUCCGCGCGGAUCCUUCGAUUGUCUUUCUCAAUCAUGAGGCCAAGCAGGUUCGCAUCAACCACGGGGACGGCCUUGUGUCCUUGAUCAAGGUCUUUGGUUCCCCAUAUUCACCUGCACAUGGUUUUUGGGCCUUUGGCUACUCGCCAGAGACUGCGCCUCCAUUAUGGGAUCAGAUCCCUCUAGAUUCAGAUAUCGUGGUGACGCACACGCCCGCCAAGUUUCACCGCGACGAAUGUGGGAAACGUGGCACAGCAGGAUGCGAAAUCCUCCGUCAGGCCUUAUGGAGGGUCCGCCCCAGGUUGUUCGUAUGUGGGCACAUUCACGAAGCCUAUGGUGUUGAGGCCGUCACAUGGGACCUAUCCUCUCCUAACCUCAGAUACAAAGAACAGAGCGUCCGAAGGUGGGAGGACCCAGAUCCAGAUUCCAAGAAGCAAUUCCUCAUCGAUCUGUCCUCGAGAGCCAAGUCCCUAGCCUUGCGCAAUGACGGAGCCAUUGGCAAUCUGAUACCACCAAAACAACCGUCGAGGAUUCGGGGUGUCGAAGUUGAUGGCACUGUUGAUGAUGCCAGCACAGAUCAGCAAGACAAAAGCAGAUCAUUCCCAAAUGUCCCACCUCCCCCAACACCUCCCUUCCCUGACUUCAAAAAAGCUGAGAGGCCGAUCCCUUCUACGCCUGAUUUUCCGAGCAUCAAGCAUCUUGGAACUCGUGGUCAGGGCGGUGCGGCAUCAAGCCCUAGGUCUGACCAAGAAGCACUGUCCGGUCGAGAGGGAAGGGCGGAGACUUGUGUGGUCAACGCAGCUUAUAUGGGGUCAAAUUGGCCUCACAAGGGCGGCAAAAAGUUUCAUAAGCCUGUUGUGGUCGACCUGGAUUUGCCGGUUGUGAAUGAGAAAUAGAUCGACCAAGGCGUGCGGGAUGAAGAAGGGUGGUGUGAACCCGUGGUUCUAUGUCAGCUUCUGACGUGACCGGACCAUUCACGAUGAGCUGGCUCUCGGGAGUCUGUUCAUGCCUAUGCAACGGGACAAUACCCUCUAGCUUGUGGUGGCAAAGGUAUUUGCACCAUUCCCAUAGGGACAGGAUGGCAACAUUUAGGACCGGCAAGAUCUUUACUGGGAGACUUUUCAUCAUUGUCACCAAAGCAGGGUUCCUUUCUCCCGGUAUUGGUGGCAGCGCCUCCAUGAACAACAUCGAAGAUUCCCAGAAUACUCUGCCUCAGGCGCUGUCUUACCGUCAGCAAAAGUCCUAUCAAGUCAGGCAAGCAAGGAUGCGGCACACUGCACCUCAGAGGAUGUAUGAGCUGUAUCAGCCAAGAGAAUGGCAGGGAGCCGAAGGGCAUUUUGGUCCCCUGCGACCACAUGAGUCCUAUCGUGGAAAGGACCCGGACGUCAUUCCUGGUUCGCAACGGUUGCCAGCACAUCUUGUCUGGGUAACAAUCUCACCUUGCACAAACCCUGUUUAGGACCAUGGCAGAACCAUCGUGGAAAUUGCCCACUUCCCAUGACCCUUGCUAUCAGCUCUUCCUUCCAUCGACGUGGCAUUGCCAUGUGCGGCGGGAGUCGAAAUCUAGGGAACCGACAUCGGAUCAAAUCCCGGGAUGCUGUUCUAGACAGCGAAAGACAAGGCUUUUCGAGAUCACACCGGAAUCUGCAAACAGGGACAUCAUUUCGCAGGGAGCUUUAAAACAAAACCAUAUUGUGUUUUCGUCGUUGACAAAAGAGAAUAGUAUCAAGGAAUACACGCCUCAUCCGUCAUCCACAACCCACAGUCUGGUGCGAGAAAGUCUUAUCCAUAUCCCAACCCAACCUGAUGUUGUUCGUGAGGUCGCACAACCAACAAGACUGCCAUAGCCCCCGCAAAAGAUGCCUGGAAUCUCAGAAUAUAAUCCACGCGCCAUAAGUUUGGUACUCCCAGUCCCGAUCUCGUUCAAUACGUCUUGCAUUAUUGAUUCUUGCCGAGUCUCGUCUGCUGCCACGAUCAGCCCCGUGCAUGGAAUCAAUCCUAGCGGAGUUUCUCUCUUUUGGUCUCCGUCUACCUUGCCUCUGUGCUGGCGAUGCACUGGAUCGUGUAUCCGCGCCGGCAUGCUCGCCAGCAGUGGCUGUAGCUGGUGUAGCAGAAGCGGC